AUGGCACAGAACUCAAACACCAAGCCAAUCGUGGCAGAUGGCACUUCGUUCGCUCUCAAUGGCGACAAUGUGUCUUAUCGCUUCCAUGUGGACAACAGCACAGGUGAUCUUCUAGGAGAUCACUUUGGCGGCCCGGUCACAGGAAACAUCCCAUUGGAGACUGUCGGCGAUGUAAAUGGCUGGGUUGGUACUACCGGUCGUGUUCGCCGCGAAUUCCCAGACCAGGGACGAGGAGACUUCCGCAUCCCUGCAAUUCGCAUCCGUCAGUCGGCAGGAUACACUGUGUCUGAUCUGCAGUACAAAUCGCACCGGAUCGUUGCGGGAAAGCCCGCCCUGCCAGGAUUGCCUGCCACAAUGGGCAAUGAAGAAGACGUCAGCACGUUGGUGGUCAGUCUCUACGACAAGUACAGCGACGUUGCGGCGGACCUGUCUUAUUCGAUCUUCCCCAAGUACGAUGCGAUUGUGCGCAGCGUCAAUGUCACCAAUCAUGGACAGGGAAAUAUCACCAUCGAAUCCUUGGCUAGUUUGAGCGUGGAUCUCCCAUACGAGGAUCUGGAAAUGAUCAGUCUCCGCGGAGAUUGGGCGAGAGAAGCCCACAAGGAGCGAAGAAAGGUCGAGUAUGGCAUCCAAAGCUUUGGAAGUUCUACGGGCUACUCAUCUCACCUCCACAACCCAUUCUUGGCGUUGGUUGAGCCAUCGGCCACCGAGUCUCAUGGCGAGGCAUGGGGCUUCUCCCUGGUGUAUACCGGGUCGUUCUCAGUGGAUGUUGAGAAGGGCUCUCAGGGUUUCACACGUGCCCUUCUUGGCUUCAACCCUGGCCAGCUUUCCUGGAAGCUGGCCCCCGGAGAGUCUCUCGCCUCUCCGGAGUGUGUCUCUGUCUACUCCAAGGACGGCAUCGGCGGCAUGUCACGCGCCUUGCAUAGUCUGUACCGCAAGCAUCUGAUCAAGAGCAAGUUCGCGACCAGCGAUCGCCCUGCCCUUCUCAACAGCUGGGAGGGACUUGGCUCCACCUUCAACCAAAGCAGCAUCUACAACCUUGCAAAGGAAUCCGCGGAGGUAGGCGCCAAGCUCUUCGUCUUGGAUGACGGCUGGUUUGGUGAUGAGUACCCUCGCAUCUCCGACGAGGAGGGGCUGGGUGACUGGAUACCCAACCCUGCACGUUUCCCCGACGGCCUCGAGCCAAUUGUCAAGAAGAUCACCGAUCUCAAAGCCGCGAACACAUCAACCAAUCUGCGCUUCGGUAUCUGGGUAGAGCCAGAGAUGGUCAACCCCAAUUCGACACUGUACCAAGAGCACCCAGAUUGGGCCUUGCACGCUGGACCGUACCCACGAACCCAGCGACGAAACCAGCUCGUUCUUAACCUUGCUCUCCCCGAGGUACAAGAAUUCAUCAUCAAGGCUGUUUCAGACAUUCUCAACAGCGCAGACAUCAGCUACGUCAAGUGGGACAACAACAGAGGUAUCCACGAGAUGCCUUCCCCUGCUACCAACCAUGCUUACAUGCUUGGCAUGUACCGUGUCUUCGACGAACUGACUACGAAGUUCCCCGACGUUCUCUGGGAGGGAUGUGCCUCUGGUGGAGGUCGCUUCGACCCCGGUGUUUUGCAGUACUUCCCUCAGAUCUGGACAUCCGAUGACACGGACGCCGUGGAGCGCAUUUCCAUUCAGCUCGGUACCUCCCUUGCAUACCCCCCUAGUGCAAUGGGCGCUCACUUGUCCGCCGUGCCAAACCAGCAGACCGGGCGCACAGUCCCCGUUGUUUUCCGUGGCCAUGUUGCUAUGAUGGGUGGUUCAUUUGGGUUGGAGCUCGACCCAGCUGAGAUGACUGCCGAGGACAAGGCUGCUCUUCCCGGUCUUAUUGCUCUCUCGGAGAAGGUCAACCCCAUCGUGCUGAACGGCGAUUUGUGGCGUUUGAACUUGCCAGAGGACUCCAACUGGCCUGCUGCCUUGUUCAUUGGCGAGGAUGGCAAACAGGCUGUUCUUUUCGUCUUCCAGCUCGCGCCUAACAUCGAUCACUCCUGGCCGCGUAUUAGGCUACAGGGUCUGGACGCGCAGGCUUCGUACAAGGUUGACGGGAAUGCCACGUAUACUGGCGCUACCCUGAUGAAUCUGGGCUUGCAAUUCCCCUUCUCGUCUGAUUAUGGAAGCGAGGUUGUGAUGCUAGAGAAGCAAUAG